AUGCUGUUCUGCAGUCGCAGUGAUGGCUACCGACAAGACUAUGCAAAGGGAGCCCAGUUCUAUCAAAAGGUCUCCCGAGAGUUCAAUUCUAAGUGGAAACACUCUAAGACAACUGGAGAGCUUGUCUCCAUCUAUGUCAUAAAAAACGCCAAAGACCCCAAACUCGAGCUUCGAUUCCAUGGAACACAACGCGCCUGCAAGAUUGGAAGUGGCUCUCUUGAACCCUGCGACAAAGAAGAAUGCUAUCUUUGCAGCAUCCUCAAGAAUGGAUUUUCACUCGAACACGCUAACCCUCGAGCCAUGUUUGGACGAGGAAUCUACUCCAGUGUCGUCUCCUCGAAGGCCAAUAUCUAUGCCAAAAACCAUCACGUCCGCUCCAAAAAGCAUGUCUUGAUUCUCUGUGGGCUUGAUCCUGGCCGGGUUAAGAACAUGAAAGCUGCGGGAACUCCAGGCCGAUGUGACUCAGUAGAAGGGCUUACUAAAGCUAAUGGUGGCCAGCUUGCAUACCAAGAAAGUGUCGUCUACAACACAUCAAGAAUCAAGCCGAUCGGCCUAGUCGUGUAUACGCGAAAGGGGUGGAAACCGCGUUGA